AUGGAUAACCGGAUAGAGACUAACCUAGAGCCAGUAGACGCGCGUUCUUCAAUAGCACGUGCGCACACCCGCAUGCUAAGGUUCGCGUCGCGUGUCACCGCCGUCGCCCUAAACGCAUCGGUCCUCACCACCCGCGCCGCUCACGGAGCGCCAGUCACCGCGCGCGUCCUCGUCCUUCCGUCGACGACCGCCACCUUCAAUCGGGAUUUCACUUUUUCUUCGACCGCCAUGAUGCCCCCAUCCGCUCCCCGCGCGUCCGUCUCGGUGCCUUUCGCGCGCGCCAUCGGACCCCGCGCGCGUCCCUCUAUCCGCCACCGCACGCCGGUUCGCUCCUCCACGCGAACCUUCGCCGCGUCCGGCGGAGACUACGUCCCGGGCCAGCUUCAGCCUUUCGGCGAUCUCUCCGUCGUCGGCGCCGAGGCAAUCCCCGACGGAUGCCAGAUGCUGGUGCUCUCCGUGUGCGAGGCCGACGCCGAGAAGCUCUCCGCGGACGAUAAGGUCCUCGAGGGGUACGCGCCGGGCCUCGCCGCGGUCGUCAAGGACAUGUGCGACGAGCAGGAGUUCAAGGGCGCCGCGGGCUCCUCCGUCUUCACCCGCGUCGCCGGCUUGCCGUUCAAGCACGUCGGCCUCGUGGGCCUCGGCAAGGCCGACGCCAUCGCGGGAGACGCGUGGAUGUCCCUGGGCAAGGAAGCGACCGCCGCGGCGGCCAAGUCCAAGUGCACCUCGGUCGCCGUCGGCAAGUACUGGAUGGGCGACGAGGAAGCCGCCUUUAGGGGCAAGGCGGAGGGCAUCGCCGCGGGCGCCUUUCUCGGUUCCUUCGAGGAUUCGCGGUUCAAGUCCGACGCCAAGCCCGGGCCACUCAAGACCGUGCACGUGCUCACCCAGCCCGGCGUCGACGUCGCCAGCGAGAUCGCCGCCGGUAAGGCCAAGGCGUCCGGCGUCGCGCUCACGAAGCAGCUCGUCGCGGCGCCGCCGAACGUCGUCACGCCCUCGGCGCUCGCGAGGAUCGCGAACGAAAUCGCCGCUCAGUUUCCGGACACCUGCUCGGUGAAGAUCCUCGAGAAGGAGGAGUGCGAGGCGAUGGGCAUGGGAAGCUACCUCGGCGUCGCCGAGGCGUCCGACGAGCCCCCCAAGUUCAUCCACCUGACCUACAAGGGCGAGGGCGCCAAAAAGACCGUCGCCGUCGUCGGCAAGGGACUCACGUUCGACUCGGGCGGCUACAACAUCAAGGCGGGCGCCGGGUCCAUGAUCGAGAUGAUGAAAUUCGACAUGGGCGGCGCGGGCGCCACGCUGGGCGCCGCUCGCAUCAUCGCGGAGACGGCCCCGGCGGGCGUGGAGGCGCACUUCAUCGUCGCGAGCUGCGAGAACAUGAUCGGCAGCCGCGGCCUCCGACCGGGAGACAUCCUCACCGCGUCCAACGGUAAGACCAUCGAGGUCAACAACACCGACGCGGAAGGCCGUCUGACCCUCGCAGACGCGCUCGUGUACGCCGAGAAGACCGCGGGCGCCACCUCCAUCGUCGAUGUCGCCACCCUGACCGGGGCUUGCAUCGUGGGCCUCGGCCCCGAGGUUGCCGGCGUGUUCACCCCCGACGACGACCUCGCCGCGGAGCUCGAAGCGUCCGCCAAGGAGGCCGGGGAGCUCUUCUGGCGCAUGCCCAUGCAGGAGACGUACUGGAAGUCGUGCGGGAUGACGAGCGAGUACGCGGACAUGAAGAACACGGGCAGCCGCGGCGGCGGCGCCAUCACCGCGGCUCUCUUCUUGAAGCGAUUCAUCGAGAAGGACACGACCAAGUGGGGCCACCUCGACAUCGCCGGACCCGUGUGGGACGAUAAGAAGGGCGGGGCGACCGGGUUCGCCGCGCAGACGCUCGCCGCGUGGGUCGCCAGCCAGGGCAAGUAA